GAAGAGGACACAAGUAAAAGUACCAAAAACAAAAUGGCAGAUAAGGACAGCGUGGAGAAAUACUUGGAGAACAACCCGCAGUUCGCCAAAGAGUACUUCGAUAAGAAGUUGCGUGCCGAGUCCCUGAGCGCCGCUUUCUCCGAGCCCCUCGACAUCAAGGACACAGCCUCGUUUAAGGAUGUUAACUCGGUGCAGGAGGCCGCCAUCAUCUUCGAGCUGCUCCAGGAGCUCCAGAAGCAGACGACCAUCGAGAAGAACCUCCACAAGGUGCUGCAGAGAACCGCUCUCAUCUUGCAGGCCGACAGGGUCAGCUACUACAUCUGCCGCUCCAGGAACGGAAUCCCCGAGCUCGCAACCUGCCUCUUCGACGUGACCCCGACCUCCAAAUACGAGGCCAACCUGGUGAACCCGCAGAGUGAGAUCGUGAUCCCCACUGACAUGGGAAUAGUGGGCUACACAGCCACUUCCAAGAAGCCCCAAAACGUUCCAGACAUUACCAAGAAUACAAAGUUCUGCGACUUUGUGGAUAAACAAACUGGAUACAAGACCAAAUGCAUAAUGUCCUACCCCAUGGUUGCUGACAAAGACUGCCUUGGAGUCAUCAUGGUGCUUAACAAAAUAGGAGCUGAUGCAUUCACGCCAGAGGAUGAGAAGCUUUUCCAUAAGUACAUGACUUUUGCUCAAGUCAUUUCUCUGCAGUAUCACACAGCCUACAUGUUCAAUGUAGAGUCCAGGAGGAGUCAGGUGCUGCUCUGGUCUGCCAGCAAAGUUUUUGAAGAGUUGACAGACAUUGAGAGGCAAUUCCACAAAGCUCUCUACACCGUGAGGACCUACCUGCAAUCUGAGCGUUACUCAGUGGGGCUGUUGGACAUGACUAAAGAAAAGGAAUUUUAUGACGAGUGGCCUGUGAAACUAGGAGAUGUGGAACCCUAUAAAGGACCAAAAACACCGGAUGGCAGGGAAAUCAACUUUUAUAAGAUCAUUGACUACCUCCUUGAAGCCAAAGAAGAAAUUAAAGUCAUACCAGGUCCACCUGCAGAUCACUGGGCUCUGGUCAGCGGACUGCCAACUUAUGUGGCAGAAAACGGCUUUAUUUGCAACAUGAUGAAUGUUGCUGCAGAUGACUACUUCACUUUCCAGAGAGAGGCAGUGGAUGAGUCGGGUUUCAUCAUCAAGAACGUCCUGUCGCUGCCCAUCGUCAACAAGAAGGAAGAAAUUGUGGGCGUCGCCACCUUCUUCAACAGAAAGGAUGGCAAACCGUUUGACGAGUAUGACGAGCAGAUCACCGAGGCCCUGACACAGUUCCUGGGGUGGUCGGUGUUGAACUGUGACACCUACGACAGGCUGAACCGUAUGGAAUGGAGGAAAGACAUUGCCCAGGAGAUGCUCAUGUACCAAACCAAAUGCACCUCGGACGAGAUGCAGUCCAUUCUGAACACCAAGGAGAAGUUUGAUGCUGAACCUGAAGACUGUGACCAGAAGGAGAUGUACAAAUUACUGAGAGCAAACUGCCCACCUGCCGACAACGUGGACGGAGAAAAUCUGUACAACUUCGGCUUCAGCGACUUCCCCGUCACAGAGCACGGCCUCAUUAAAGCUGGCAUCCGCAUAUUCUUUGAGCUUGGGGUGGUCGAAAAGUUUAAAGUUCCCCCAGAAACUCUGACUAGGUGGAUGUAUACUGUGAGAAAGGGUUACCGUGCCAUUACAUACCACAACUGGAGGCAUGGCUUCAAUGUAGGCCACACCAUGUUCUGUCUACUGCAGACAGGGAGACUGAGGAAGUACUACUCAGAUCUAGAUGCCUUUGCCAUGGUGGCUGCAGCUUUCUGCCACGAUAUCGACCACAGAGGAACAAAUAACCUCUACCAGACAAAGAGUGCAUCUCCUCUGGCCAAACUUCACGGCUCCUCCAUUAUGGAGAGACACCAUUUGGAAUACAGCAAGACACUCAUGGGAGAGGAGACUUUGAACAUCUUCUGCAAUCUGCAGAAGCGUCAGUUUGAGACUGUGCAGCACUUGUUCGAUGUUUGCAUUAUUGCCACUGAUCUGGCCCUUUACUUCAAGAAGAGAACCAUGUUCCAAAACAUUGUGAAUGCCACAGAACCAAUGGCAGAUGAAAAAGAGGCCAUCGCCCACAUUUCUAACAACCCCAUCAGGAAGGAAAUUAUCAUGGCCAUGAUGAUGACAGGCUGCGACUUGUCAGCCAUCACCAAACCCUGGGAGGUGCAGAGCAAGGUGGCUCUGAUGGUUGCAGCUGAAUUCUGGGAACAGGGCGAUUUGGAAAGAAACGUUUUGGACCAGCAGCCAAUUCCCAUGAUGGACAGAAACUGUGCAGAACAGCUACCCAAGAUGCAAUGUGGUUUCAUCGACUUUGUGUGCUCAUUUGUGUACAAGGAGUUCUCCAGGUUCCACAAAGAGAUCACACCCAUGUUCGACGGUCUGAACAACAACAGGGCACACUGGAACGAGCUGGCUGAGGUGUACAAUGCAAAGAUGAAGGCUAUUGAAGAUGAAAAGAAGAAGCUGGAAGAGGAGGAAGCCAAGAAAGCUGGUGGUGGUGAGGGAGGGAAGUCGAAGACCUGCACCAUCUGUUAGGCUUCUCCAUUUCAUGGAUCUGGACUCAAAUGGACUGACUAGGACUGAUAUACACAUCUCUAGUCUUAAAGUCAUCCUCAAAGCCAUCAGUUUUUGGAGUUUGUCCUCUGAACUAAGCUAGUUCUCUCUGGUCCCUCUGCGGAUGCGGCACCCCGGUUUGGUCCAGUUGUUUCCAGCUAGUCCAGAGUAGUUAGCGCCGAUCUGGAUUGCAUGAACUGAUCUCCAAGCAGGGAGGAAGAAUUGGAGCCGGGAGUAACAGUGGGACUCUGCACAGAGAAGAUCUUAUCGAGAAGGAAUGUGUGAAACUUCUUCCUCCCUUUGUUUUGAACAGCGACCGAAAACAUGCAAACUCACUAUAUAAUUUUAUGUAAGAUUUUUUUUUUUUUUUUGGCAUGCUUGAAAUCAUGUUGCGAUAAAUUUAGCUGCUCCCCGUGCUGAGAUUCAAAUCUUUUAAUGUAGACAGUUAAAUAGGUCAUUGUUGAGCUAUGCCAAAGCAAUAGCAUUCAGUGUCCCUUUGGCAAUCAUAAGCACAAUGUAUAAUCAUACUUUAAGCUGCACAAUGCACAUGGCUGCUGUUGUUUUAGCAGCCAAACCACAGAGAGAGUGAGGGCCAACUGGGAGGAUAAAGACUUUUCAAAUGUAGUGAUGGGGACCCGUUAAAGGCGCUUAUAAAGAAAUAUGAAUUUAUUCCCUUCAGCACAUAAAGAGCAUCUGAUGGCUCUGUUCAUGCUGUAAAGGCGAUAGGCACAGGGAGCAAUGGCGCCAAAACAAUUAGGAAAGACAAUGUCUUUCCUGCAAAGGGACUAAUGAGUCGUCUGAACGUAUACUCAUUUUAAUA